AUGGCAGAGCAGAGAGCACAAGAUGUGGUAAACCAAACUCUGUCGGUCGGCGACCUCUCGCCUUCCGACGCACCUGAGACCACAUCAACAUCUGAGAUCAAACUACUGCGAGGUGGGGAAGAUAAUGCUGUUGUAGAGGUUGUGCCAAAAGAGAAUGGAAUCCACCACAUGCCUUUCCGAAUGGAUGAACUCGACGAUGCCUCCGGUCGAUCAGACACCGAUACCAGCCGUGCCGAGGGAGAGGGUAGUGUGACUGGCGAAAAGCCUACAGAACAGAAACCAUUGAAGAAAUUUGUCGCAAAGCCUGUCAGUUUUGCGAAAUAUUCCGUCCCCAAGGUGAUCGCGGCCAGUUCAACGACCAAAGGCACAGACAAAGCUACACCUCCAAAUUCCCUAUCUUCAUCAACUCCGCUCGCUGGGCGUCCUCGCUUAGUCGCGAAGACGACAAGCUUACUUCAAUCAAAGGCUAAACCCUUCAAAACUGCCACACCUGAUCCUAUGCAGGUGUGGAACAAGAACCGAGUAACACCCCAACCCUCAACGAAGCAUCUGACGGAUGAAGAGCUUAAGCAGCAAUACGGCAUCCAUUUAACAUCACGUAUUCAAGAGGAUGGAGAUGGGAAGGAAGCGAAAUGGGCCGAUAUCGACGACGAUGAGGAUGACUGGGCCCCGGAAACGAUUGAGUGGAAUGACGGCACCAAAAGCACCCUCACGCCUGCCGAAAUUGCUCCUCCACCUACUCAAAAGAUCGUCUCAUCUGCCGAAGUGAAUAACGAGGUCAAGCCCGUACAACCACCUCAACCUGUACCGCCACAAUUUACCAGUUCCGUCGGUCCAAAUGCUACUGUGUUGAAGUUGGGCGCCAAUGCUGGAAGACAAGCGCAGAAAAUUGCUACUCUUCAGUCAAGAAGCCCCUCCGAGAAACCGACCCUCAUGACCUCGAAGAACCAUGCGCCAACCCCGGCUAAGUCACCUUGGGCGACGUUGCCGCCAGUAGACAAAGUCUCGCCUAUAGCUAUCAAUCCGCAACCAUCAAUGCCACCACCCGGUCGACUUCCCCCAGGUGGAAACUAUUCCCAAAGUCCUUCUUCUGCCAUUACAGCGCCAUCUCCAGCGCAGGAAAUAUCCGCAGAUGACUUCAACCGCUCAUGGAGGGAUUCUUCACCCGCACAGACGCGAGAGCUGUAUAUGCCAAACUCGGGCAAAUACGAAGCAGUUCCCGAAAAUCGAAGGCGCAUGUCUCGGAAUGAUCAAAAUUUCCGUGCCGCUGCUGUAUUACAACGGCCCAGUCAAGGUGAUAUACACGCACCUGCCGAACCAUCAGCAGCUUUCCAAACCAAUCGAACAAGCACUGAUUCGGCAAGGAGAAGGGCAUCAUCAACACUUUCUGGGGGCAGUGGACAGUUUGCUCGACGUAUGUCGAUCAAGUCUACUGAGCAUGCCACCCCCGUCUUCGAAAAUCAUAAGACGGCGAAUGAGGUUGACGUCCCACCGUUUUCGGGAGAUGGGACCCUGUCGCAAACCCAGACCCCUGCCUAUCAAGCCCGAGGAGCCAGUGACUAUAUUUCAGCAGAUCCUCAUCACGCACCAGAAAGUGACCUUGAAGAACAAAGAGCACAACAGAAAUUGUUGAUGAAAGAAAAGAUCGAGUUGGCAAGAAAGAGGAAGCUUGAGGUUCAGCAGAAAGAGGAAGCUGAGAAGCAAGAACGAAUCCGAGCUAAGCUCGCGUCCCUUGGUCCCAGCACCAUGAUCACUAGUAAAGCAGAUGAGAACAUUCACGACAGCGCGGUGAAGAAAGCCGAGCAGGCAGUGCCUGCGCCCGCACAUGCUUUGAGCACCCAACAAUCCCCCCCAAAGCCACCGCAACCACUUGCCUCAGGAGAACCACAACAAUACGGCAUGAUGAAAGUACAUCCUCUGGAUUCAAUCAAGAAGCAUGGAACUUCAUUGUCACGUCCUGUUGAUUCUCAUAAGACAAUCCCUCCUGCCAAAAUUGAGUCAAACUUAUCCAAAGAGCAGCCACAAGUGGAAUCCAAUCAAGGCCCAUCACCUAUCAUCAACGGGGUUCGAGCAGUGUCUGAAGGACGGCAUUCAGGUAGUCAAGAAAUCGUCGGCCCACCUGAGCCUAGUCCUAAGUUCCCCAAGCAUAAUACUGGGAGCGAAAUGCGAAGCGGGUGGAAUGACUUGCGUCACGACCAUCGCGCUCCUCAAACAAGCAAUCUCUGGGGCGUGCCAAAUCUGAAUAACAAAGCUCUCGGCAAUGGCACCUUUGAUCAAAGUCUAGCUGGCUACGCACCUCAAGAUCUUUCUCGGACGUCCUCAACUGCGCAAGGUUGGAUGAAUGGCAGAACGCCCCACGCGGGUCGCUCACCUCAAGUGAAUCACGCGCUCCCAGAGUCGCGAUCAUAUUCAUUUCAAUCUGUCACUUCACCCGACCAAGGACCUCUUGCUGUUGACAGUGAGAUCGACUCUUUGUUUCCUACCACGAAACCUGCGCCCAUCGGUCCCCCUCAAUCACAAACAACGCAUCCAGUCAUGGAAAAUUACCAGAAUGGAUCUAGGCCUACGGGUCUCGCAGCGUGGGGAAAUUUUCAGGCCGUUGCAAGUGAGCGUGAGCGAAUUGAAAAUGAAAAGACUCAACGUGAAAAUACCGCUCGCCGUGAAGAAGAACUAAGAACAGGAAUUCGUCAAGGACCUCAAUAUGGCUUCAAUGAAACAUGGAAACAAGUACAAGUUGGUGAUCAAGCAGGUCAACGACAACUCACAAACAUUUCUCAGGCCAACAUCCCGCCUCCUCCCCCCAGUGUUUUUGGCUCUGUUGGCUCACUUACAAACGCCGAUCCACUUCCUAGAAUAGGAAGUGGUCAAGCUGGACGCGGUUCACGCUUUUUCCCUCAGCAUCUUGGUAACCAACAGCCUCAAGACAGACGUGCUGUUACUUACAGUCACCCUGAGCAGCCGCGUACGCCAUCGCCUCCCCCAGCAGAAGAAUUUGCAAGUGCUCACCCCGCCUUUGACGGAGACUAUGAACGACCGGUUGUACACUUCCCUCGAGAAAAGGCCGUGGUCAAGCUUCCUCCUGCGAUGCCACCUACUCCAUCAAGCCCAGCCCAAGUUCAAGCAGAAGUUGCACCUCAACCAGAAUCACACACUCCGUUGACAUGGGCAGCUAGAGUCUCAAUGCCACCACCGUCAGUGCCUGUGACUACACCUGCCGCGACAGCUUCUUCAUUGCGUUCAGUGUCAACCCCACUAGCACAGAACCCUUCUUGGCAAGAGCGCUUUAAUGGAUUGCUAGGGAGAAAGUCUUCACCUGCCAAAGAACCCGUCCGAUUAGUCGGCCCUGCUUUAGCUGUUGCGUCCUCCACAAAGGAGCCUCUUGAUGUCCAACAUAUAUCCAUCCCAGCCGCAUCUGUGUCUCUGCCCAACGAAAUUGAAGUGGCAACAGGCCUAGUUAUUGACGAAGAAUUGGUGAUUACCAAAGAUGUUGAAAGCGAAGAUGACCUCUUUGAAGAUCGUGAGCCAGGUUCAUUGCCUGCUAUCAAAUUCCCACGAGAAUCAUUACCGUCUCAAUGGGCGCCAUCAACUUUCUCAAGAGUUUUACCACUUGCUAUCGAUGCCACGUCUACUGCGGCCUUUAUGGUUAGCAACCUAUUCGAACGUCAUAAUGGUCCACAAAAGCCCCAAUUCGCCAUCAUCAGAAUUCCCGGAAGUAUCAAAUCAAUCAAGAAGGAUAUUCCAAUGAAAGCAUCUCUCUCGACUGUCGGAACUCGGCAACGAGCCUUUGGUAGUGGUCCCCCAAGUUCCAGUGGUUCAUACAAUGGGCGCAACCCGAACACCCGUCAUCGAACCAAUCACCGAGCUCGUCAGACUUCCAAGGCAAACUAG